GUGGUGGGGGGUUUAAUAAUAUCAAACAAAACAAUACGACUCACAUCACACAUGGCGCUGGCAUUUUCAACAAACAAUUAACUGAGUUUCAGGUUUUUAUAAAUAAUUCCGUAGCAAAGAAGCAAUUACAACAUUUAAUAGUAAUUAUCAAAGAAAUUUUAAAUUAUGCCAUCAAAAAUAUUUCCACUAUUCCGACUGCCGGUUCUGCAAAUCUUCCGAGGUUUCCACGUCAGCUCUAUUUGCACAGCAAGAGGCCGUGUCCCUCCAUUCUCGGCUGAAAUUCUGGAAAACAAGCUGCAUCUGCAAGAGAAUACCGCUCAUGUUACUGCUCCUAUUGAUGAAAGCGAGACUCCAGUAAUUGAACUCAGCAAAGAUGAAAUUGUGAAAGAAAUUGAGCGAAAGCAAGAGCGGAAGGAAAAGACUGAAGAGGCGAAUGCAGAUUUGCCACCGUUUCAAAAACUUGCUGAUUCGGAUAAAACUUUCGGGCAGGCUAUGCAACUCACAAUGAAAACCAAGAAAAACAGAUUGGUUGCUUUGGAAGGAAGACGUUUGAUCGAAGAUGCCCUUCAUGCCGGAAUCAAGUGCGAAAGUGUCUUUUUUAGCAAGAAGGAUCUUGUCCGAGGAAUCCAACUGCCCGAAGGUAGCAGAACCAAGUUUUUCAAAACUCCUUACCAAAACUUGAGACUUUGGACUGCACUUACAACAUGUCCUGGAAUAACUGGCAUUUUUCACCAACCAAUUACCGAGGAGCUGCAGACUUUGCUGCCACUAUCAAAUGAAAACAAUCUUUUGCCAGUGAAUUUAGUUUGCGACCAAGUCAGAGAUCCUGGGAACAUGGGUGCCAUUCUCAGAGUAGCAGCCGCAGCAGGAUGCAACCAAGUCAUCACUACACAAGGUUGUGUUAACAUCUGGGACACAAAGGUUAUCAGGGCAAGUAUGGGCUCUGUUUUCCGAGUUCCCGUAUCACAUCAAUCGAGCUGGGACCAACUGGGGAGCUUGGUUGAUUUGGAAAAGGCGUCUGUAUUUUUAGCCGACAACAGAGAAUCAAUCGCGUCAGAGCUUCAGAGCUACUCAAAUAUGAGUUACUUGCAAGAAUUCAAACCAAUUGUGCUUGUGGUGGGUGGAGAAACCCUCGGUUUGAGCUCAAGUGCAAAUAAAUUGAGCAAUGCAAUCAAAAUUCAUAUCCCGCUGACCCAUGGUGUGGAGAGUCUCAAUGUUGGGUCUGCAGUGGCUGUUAUUUUGUUUGAAAUCCGCCGUCAAAAAUUAGUACAAGAACAUCGCCUUCAGGCUGAAUAGUUUAGUUUGUAGCAAUGUUAUGCUAGCUGUUUGAAUGUUCUACUUUUUUGGCAGCAUAAUUAUUAUUAUAAUAUCUGUAUUGCAUAAGAAUAAAUUAUGGCUCUGAUCAGAUGCAUGAA